AUCGAUCGUCCACUGUAGCAUCUUCGCGUCGCUUUCAAAUUGAACAAAAAUGUGAUAUUGUUGAAACCUAUAUUGAGUGCGAUGGAAAAUCCGGUCCAAUCGGCGUGUCGUGUUUGCGCGGAAGAUUGCGGCCAGCGGCAGCUGCGACAUGUUUCCAUCUACGAGCGGAAGGACGGCGACGGUGAGCAACGGCAGCAUCCAACGCUGGCGGAGAUGUUGGCAUUCUGCGGGCAGCUGACGAUCACCAACGAUGAUCAACUUCCCAAGAUCAUCUGCACAAUCUGCUGCCAGCAGCUGCUGGAGGCCUAUCAAUUCUGCCUCAAAUGCCGCCUGUCUGAUGAAAAACUACGUGAUCGAUUGAGAUUCACCGAACAACUCCAGCAGCUCGAUGCUGACGGAGAUCAGCAGAUACCGGACCGGAUUGUUGACGAUCUGAUUGAACUGCCAACGGCGAAACCGAAGGCCCAAAACGAAAUCCUGGUGGAUCUGAUGAUGCGCCGAGAGGAUGAGCUGUUUGAUGAGAUUAUCGAACAGGAACAAUUUUCUGCAGAUGAGGAUUCCGUUGGGGAAAGCUUGAUGCAUCUAGUGGAUAAGGUUCCCGUUGAGGUGGUUACGGUGGAUGGCGGCGAAGUUAUGGUCGAAGAAGUAGACUCUCAGGAGGAUGACGAAAUGGUUGCAAUUGAUCAGACUGAGGAAGACGAUCUUAUCACCAUUUCUGAACAUGUGUCCGAUAUGAUAACGGAGGCGUCGGAUAGUUCGGUGCAGUAUGAAGAGAUUACUUUAACUGCGGAGAAUGAUGGAGGAAAUCUUCCGACCAAUAUUUCGCUGUCAAGAAGAACGAUUCAGGUCUUGCCUCCGAAAGAGAUGAUUGUGGAGCUUGAGGAUCACGAGAAUUUCCAAAUUGUCUACUACAAUGGUGUUGCGUGCUGUGGAUGUGAGAAGUACUUCUCUUCGCAGGUGGAUUUGGAGGAACACUGCCAAGAGCAACAUCAUUUGGAUGAAUCACCGGAUGGCACCCAUUGUCCGUUGUGUCACAAACAAUUCCGUAGUCUGAACAUUCAAAUGCGGCACAUGAAUCAACGGAGCAUUCCAAAACUAUUUUCCUGUAAGCUAUGUCGGUACAUCUGUCGAGAUCAGGCGGCUAUCGAUCGACAUAUGGAAUUUUCGGUGAUCCACAAGAAACCGAUGAUGGAUUUUGACAAAGUUACUGAAUCGUUCGAAAAAGUGUCGGUCGAAGGCCACCUGUGCUGUGAUUGUUAUCAAAUGUUUCGCGAUGAAACUCAACUUGAUAAGCAUUACAAGGACGCACAUCAUCCGAAUAGACCAAAGACUGAGGAAGACGCCUUGAAAACGGGAAGCUUUUGGUGCACGAAAUGCCACCAAAUAUUCAAACAUGAACACAGAUAUCAAUCUCAUCUGAAUGGUAUCAAUGUGGAGGCAAUCUAUCGUUGCAAACGAGAGUUUUGCACUUACCGUACCGGAAGUAUCAUAUUUGCUCGAUUUCAUCUCAGGAGUCGAGACCAUAAGCUCCCUACAAGCUCUCCCGUCGAUAAGAAAUCACCUAAAGCACCUGGAAUCCUCAGCGAUCGCCGUUGUUGUUUCCGAAAAUGUCUCGAAGUAUUCGAGACCAAACAAUCCCUCCUGGAACAUGUCGACCGAGUUCAUCAGGUCAAACAGUUGGAGAAUGAACUCCGACGAAAGAAAUCCACCCACGUAUGCUCGAUCUGCAAUUGUAACUUCGGAUCUCGCCGUGCGCUGAAACGGCAUCGUCUGGUGAAGGCGAAAGACAUCGUCUGCGAACAAUGCGGAUCAGCAUUCGCUUCGACCUUUCAGCUUCAGAGUCACGUACGACAGGUUCAUUCCAACGUUCCGGUACGACGAGAUUUCAAGUGCGAUGAAUGUGGUCGAGCUUUUGUGAGCGAAACCAAUUUGCAGCGGCACAAGGAACUAGGACAUGACAAACCGAGCGAUAAUGUUUGUUCCAUUUGCGACAAGCAGUUCAAAAGCAAGGAGAAUCUGUGGCACCACUGGCGCAUUCACAACAAAGUCGAAACGCAUGAAUGUGAAUCGUGCAAGAAGGCGGGCAAGCGGUACAAGUUCCGGGACCUGAAAACUCUCCGGAGGCAUUUCAAAAUAUCGGAGAUGCAUAACGGUGAACGGAAGUACAAAUGUUCGUACGAGGGUUGCAAGCGAGCCUACGCACACAAGCCGGAUUUGCAGCGGCACGAGCAAACGGUACAUCGGGGAAUUCGGCCGUUUCUGUGCGAGGUGUGCAAUAAGGGUUUCGUCCGAAAUAGGGAUCUCCGGCUGCACGAGAGGCAACAUACCGGAGCGAAGCUGUUUACUUGCGAAAAUUGUAAGGCGGAGUUCAACGUUUUCAAAGAUUACAAGAAGCACUGCAGCGAUGAACAUGGUAAGAUGGUGGUGGUGAAGUAUGCUGCGAGAACGAAUUAAUGGAGCAUGAUUGAGGGGAG